GGCUACUCCUCCUCAAGAAGUAAAGAACAAAUUCAAACAAUGGUGAAAUGAUCCGUCAUUUGACAGAGGGCGGAAGAAUGAUAAGGGGAGCAGCUCUAUCGGAAUGUAUAUUUUGCCAAAUUGCUACCUCUUCCACUUCCACCCCUCUCCUCCACUCCGAUGAUAAAGUUGUUGCAUUUCGAGAUAUUAAUCCAUCUGCCUUCAGGCAUUACUUGGUAAUUCCAAAACAGCACAUUCCAACUGUCAAAAACCUUCGGAGAAGCCCAGAAGAUUUCUCCUUGGUGAGUCACAUGUUAGAUGUCGGGAAGAGUCUGUUACAUAGGGAUGCACCUCAGUCCAAGCAUUACAGAUUUGGUUUUCAUCAGCCCCCAUUCAACAGUGUUGAUCACCUCCACCUCCACUGCUUUGCACUUCCUUAUACUCCAAGCUGGAGGUUUAUAAAAUACUUAUCAUUGGGACCACUCGGUGGAUUUAUUGAAGCUGAAAAGCUAUUGGAGAGAAUAAAGCCACAAAUUCCUCAUCACUCAUCUAUGUAAUCGUCUGUGAAUUUGUGGUUUCUAAUUAAAAUUGGCAAAUGUGUAUUUCAUGCUUCGUACCCGAAUUGCUUUAAGAAUGAUAAUCUCCUCUGCAAGUGAAAAUGGUUUGUCUGAGUAGUUACUUCUAUCUUUUAAAUGAGUGUACUAAAAGGGAUUUCUGUUUCCGUGUUUGUUGCUUACUUGCUUUUGGUAGCAGGUUAGUCCUUGACCUUUUUAUAAUAUUAACUACUGGUUUUCUUCUUUUUGCAAGAAACCGUGCGUGCAAUUAGUCAGAAUCUCUUACAUUUCACAAGUAAAGGUGAGCUGUGUAUAUGGAUUUGGGUUCAUUAGCAUUGGUCAAAAUAAAUUGCAAAUACUGUGUCAUUUCAAACCUGUGUUGCUUGCCCUUUAGUGCCGAGAGAAACCAAAAAACUGAAAAACCAUGUUCACAUCCUAGCUUUAUCUAUUUUUAUUUGUGUUUUGCUUUGUACUCUAGGAUCUAGAGCAACAAUUAGAUUUUAUUAUCAAUGUCCAGUCCUCACGGUAGAUGUGUCUUCCUGAGAGCAAGUGUAGAUCUAUUAUAACCUAAAUUAUUCUACCAUUACUUUUUAUACCACUCCCCUCCCAGGCUUGAUUGUGACAGUGAAGUUUAUGAACCAGCUUUAGAGCAAUAAGUCCUGCUCUGACCAUUAGGUUCUAAAUAUCAUGCGGUAGCUGUUCUCGCUAGGUUCAUAGAAUGUUUUAUUCUAGCUCCAUUUCAUGUUCUAAGAUUUUCUUUUGCUUCUCUGUGCAUGAAGGGAAGUCUCAUUGGUAUAAGUGGUGCUUUUGUGAUUUUUCAGAUUUGAAACAUGAUUUUCCGAGUUAGCUUCAGAGAUGCCUCUUUAACUUACCCAGAAGCAGUAGAUAACUAGGAUUAUUCAUGGGCAUUUAUUGCAGAUUUUGCAUCUCCUUUUUAUGUGCAGUCCAGUACAAUUCUCCCCAAAUUAUUGUCAUAUGUUAUCCGUCCAACAUGCAAAUUUUUAUGAACGUGAUGGACUAUCUCUAUGGGUCAUAAAACAGGAAUUUAGGAUGAUUUCAAAAUUUUCAUGUUUUAAAGUCCACACCAUCUUCAUGAAUUUGGGCGACGGGCUCCGAAUCGCCUAAAGUUUUGUGGGUCCAUCAGAAACGACCUAAUUAACAAUUGUCAUUGCUUUGCCAUGAUGGUUUCUUGUUUCUUGACAUUUUGGGUCACAAAACAAGAAUUCAGGAUGAUUUUUAAUUUUUCGUGUGAUAAUGCUCACGCAAUCUUUGCAUAGACCUUGAGCUCUUUUGAUUAUGCAGCCUGAUCAAAUUCUAUCAAUCUGUGGGUUGUUGUCCUAUGUCUUAUCAUUGAGUGUCCGGCCUAUAAGGCUCGGUAUAUGUAACUGCUCUGCCGUAGUAGGCUCGCUCGGAGGCGCUCAGCCAUACUAGGCUCAAAUGAUCACCCUAUGAAAGCACAAGAAACAGAUCAAUAUUUAAUGUACACAACGAGCCUACUCCCUAUGUGACCUCGAUUGCCUUAUCAUUGAGUGUGACUUAUGUCGUUGUCCUACGUCUUCCGGUGCGACCUAUGAUUUUGGACUAUGUCGUUGGGGGCGGUCAAUGUCUAUGGUCUGUAGCAAGGCAUUUCAAGGUUACUGCUGUUCAUCGGCCUAUGGUGCCUAGUGGGCAAGUCAACAUGUGGCGUGGGACAUGGUAGCCUACACGACCAUUCCGUGCUUCAUUAAUGGCAUACUACAGACCACGUUGCACUCAAAUAUCCGUUUUACCUUGCUCUUGUUGUAUUUUGUGUAUUUCUUGGAGAUCUAGUGGGAUAAAGAGACGCAAGAUGGUUUUACCAUGUCAAUAUUUAGAAAAGUGUAUGUUGUCCUAUUCAAUUUGUUCCCUAAAUUUGUGCACAAUUUUAAUUGUUCUUUAGUAAAAAUUAGAUGACCUAAAAGGUUU